AUGAAACUUACUUUUAAUAUUAUCAUCAUUACUUUUAUUACCGCUUUGUUCACUUUUUACCCCAUUGAAUCUUUGUCUUCCAACGAAUCUAUAUCCUUUAAUGAAUCUGUCUCUUCCGUUCCACCACCUUCAGGGAUCUGUUUAAAGUCAAAAAUAGUCGCUAAUGGUACUCAAAUUAAAACCGGUAGUGAUCUUGGAGGAUGGUGUUCUAGCUUAAUCCAAGGUCAAAUUCCGGCAAACGAACUUAUGAUCUCUACUCUUAUUAUUAAACCAAAGGAUGGAUCUACUGUACCAGCAAAUCAGAACUUUACUUUAUCAAUUAAAAUUGUUAAUUUACAAACAGGUUAUUUUUCUGAUACUGAUGGAGAAUACUAUACCAUACCACAAGAACUUAAUGAAGAAGGGAUCGUCAAAGGACAUUGUCAUGUUGUUAUUCAAAAAUUAACCUAUGAUAACGACGGAGAAAUUGUUCCGAAUCCUAAUAUAUUUGCUUUUUUUAAAGGUUUGAAUGAGCCAGCUAAUGAUCAAGGUAUAUUAGAAACAGAAGUUGGCUCGGCUUUAGAACCUGGUUUACCAAGUGGUAAAUAUCGUAUAUGUACGAUGGUUUCCUCGUACACCCAUCAACCAGUCAUCAUGCCCGUUGCUCAACGUGGUUCACAAGAUGACUGCAUUCGUUUUAUCGUUGGAAGUUAA